GGCCUCGGAGCCGGAUUCGAACGUUUCCCCGUGGCGAGGGGCGAGUGUUAACCUCUUCCUUCCCGGCGUCGAGCGAGGGAGGCGCCCGCCCCGCUUCUCCCGCCUCUGGCCAAUCGCCGCUCCGCCUCCGUCCUGCGUCAAGGCUGCUUAAUCCCCUCCGGCGUGGGAUCUGCACUGGGUGCUGGGAGUCCUCUUAGUGCGGAUCCUCCGGGGUUUGGAAGAAGAACAGCAAUCCCACCCAGUUUGAAGCCAUUGGGAGACUUCAAGCUUAGUUUUAGACUUCGCCUCCUUUUUGGGGAAGGUACACCUCGUGCAAUUCGUGGAACUUUAAAAAAUAAUCUGAGCGUUGUGACAGCAGUUAAAGAGAUGUCUGGAUACAGCCGCAAAUCCCUGCUGAGACCAGCCUUGGCCAUUGCAAUGGUGCUUUUCCUCACCUAUGUGGAUGUUGCCAGUGCCCAGCAACACCGGAGUGAGACCAAGCGAGAGAAGCGAGUGGAACCUGACUUUCUGGCCCAAAUGUCUCGUGCCAUAAGGAAGAGAGUGGAGGAUUUGAUUGGAAGAGACAACUUCCAGAUUUUGAGUGAGAAUCUCUCUUCUCUCCUCUGGAUAGUGUCCUCUGGCAUCUCUUCAGCUUUGUUGGUUGUGGCUCGAGUUUCAGGGCAAUUCCUUACUUCCUUUGGGUUGGCAGGUGACCAUUUGACCCAGUUCCUGAAACGGAGCCCGGAUGAGGUCCAGACGCUGCUGCUCUGGGGCUUGGCUGCUCUGAUUGGUUAUUGGCUGCUGUCGCUGGUGCUGAGCCUCUUGGUUGCCAUCUUGAGCCGCAUCAUGUGGGGCCUUAAAGUGGUGCUCUUUGUGGCCUGCUUUAUGUUCAUCGUCUCCUCAGUGCCUGACCGCUCUGUGCAGACACUGCUUCUGUUGGCCCUGCUCACACUCUAUGUCCUUCUGGGUUGGCUGAGUGGGUCCCACAACUCUGGCACACGACUGGAAGCCAAAAUACGUGGCUUGGAGCGCCAGGUGGAGGAGCUGCAGCGCAGGCAGAGGCGAUCGCCCAAGCAUCUGGAUGACGAAUGAGCUCAGAGGAAUCUGUGAUGCCAGUGUAUCUUUCCUAAAAGGCAACCACUCUCUUCCUUUCUUCUUGUAUUAUGUGACUGCUUUCUAGACUAUAGAUGCUCUCGGGUAGCUUUUUAUCCACCACUAUGCUGGGAUAAGUAAGCCCUAAAGCAAACGUCUGUAGAGGAUAAUGAAAGCAUCUGAGAUAGUUCAGCUUCCCAAUCAAUGCUCUAAUAUUCUACUCAAAAGACAUUUCUAAUUUCUUGUUUCCUUUCUUCUUCGGUUUUUCAGUCUCCCUUAUUCCAGAGCUGGUGUGGGCAAUUUCAGCACAUCUGGUGUCUUGUUUCCACCCCUGUUGAUUGUGUCACCCAUCUUUGUCCUAGAGUUUAGAUCUACCAACUUCAUGUUCUUAUUUUCCAGCGGAUUCAUGGUAGACUACUUUGUUUCUUUAAGGAUGAUGGGACCAGGUGCUGAUCCUAUUUUUUAAAACUGGGUAUCCUUUUCUCCAGAACAUAUCGAUAGUAAAGCCAAGUGCCUCUCUGAAACUGAAGAAGAUGGCUGUGCUUGUGGCAGUACAGCAAAUCAGGAUUAUGUGUCCUGCCUCCCCAUGAGCCAGAGAUGUCCUUAAAGUAAAGACCUCAUGAUUCUUCCCUAUGCAAACUAGCUUUUCUGGGAGGGGGUGCUAAAUAGUGACAGGUAGUGUGUACAUGCCUGUCCUGGCAAAUAUAUAUAUAUAGAAAAUAUAUAUAUAUAUAUAUAUAUAUAUAUAUAUAUAUAUAUAUAUAUAUAAAAUAAGCCAUAGCUGGGUGACAAAGUGAAUGUACCACACCUCUUCCCUCCAGACGGAAUUUGUGCCAUUAGCAAAUGGAAUAAGACUUCCAGACUCGAUUGCCUUUUCUGCCUAUUUUGGAAAGGAGCCAUAACAUACUCAGUGGUGUGAACUUCAUGUCUGUUGCCAAAUAUCAAUAUUUUUAAGCUGUCCAUUUUAAACAAAUGGAAUAUUUUGUUAUAUCCUUCUAAAUAAAGGUUAUUUGAUCACUUCUUA